AUGAACAUUCGCAACCUCUGCCGCCAUGGAACCAACUCCUUCACGCCGUUUCUACACAAGAAAACUAGCGAGGUUGACGCCUACGACGUAAUGUCAGCCGCAGAACAGGCAGAGCAAAUGUGUCCCUGGCCCUCUGAUUCCGCUCGCCACAAUACACUAGCUGCUACGAGAAAGGAGCUUCCUUUCAAAUCAUCUGAGACUAUGGAAAUUUCCCAGGGAACCCUGACCAUACAUUGCAAUCUCCGCGGCCAAACAAAGAUAGGGCAACACCGGCCGUCGACGUUUCGGCUUCUUUGCUGCAUCAUGAUGAGAUGUCAUGAAGCCGUAUUCAACGGCGAUUUCAGUAGUGACCCUGACAGCCGCUUUUGGGAAGCCCUAUAUGUUGGAUCGCUUGAUGACUCUUGGCAUGUCCAAGAUUGUGCCAGGCUAAAGCAGCGCUUUGAAUGGAUUCUGGAAUUUAUCCGGGAGGGAAGACUGCCUAUGGAAGCCCAAACUGCGAAGAAUAUCCUGAAAAACGCCUUGGCGUGCGGUGUUUUGAGUUCUUCAAGUCAUCCAUAUGGUUAUGAUGGCAACCAAGCGAAACAAAACUACUUGAAUCCGGACCUGUGCCCUGGCUGGAUCAAGUCGUUCUUGGCUGCUGACGGCUCACUGUCACAAAUUGAAAAAGAAAUGAAAUGCAGAAUGAAGGACAUUGGGAUCCAUGGGUUUUGCAACCAGUAUAGUAUUUUGAUUGCUCAACUUUGGGAAGAAUCCAUGUUUUCUACCCCAUCUCAAGGAGCGGCACAAAGUUGGCCUACCGCCAGUACCCACGACGCGAUUGUCCACAGCGCGGCUACCAACGACACGACUGCCCGCGACAGCGACACCUCAGACUGUUCAGGCAGUCCGGAUCAAGACUUGCCACCCUUGAGCCAAAGUGUAGAGCCAGAAGGCCCCCCUCUACUCACGCCUGAUGAGACACCCGAGGGCGCAACAGUGCGGUGGAGUGCAAAUGAGGACGAUUUCUUGCGAAAGCUUUUGAAGCUGGACAUUCCUUGGCCCGAAAGAAAACGGCGUUUCCAAGAAGAAUUUGGACCUCUACGCUCCACAAACAGCUUGAAGAUGAGGGCGAAAAGAGUAGAGAAAGACUUCGUACGAAUGCAGAACUCUUGGACAGAUCAUGAGAAAAAUUCCUUGCGAAGUCUAAUCGAAACUGAAGAGAGCUGGGACAAUGUGAUUCGCAAGUUUGAAGAAAAGUUCAAUACUAAGCGAUCAAGGAUGGCAAUGACGCAUGUUGCAAUGCGCGAAAAGUGGGACACAACUAGGCUAGUGUCUCAAAACCCAUAUUCAGAAGACCAAGACGCCUUCAUUGCUAGCCUAAGGACGGAAAAUGUAUCAAAGGAACGCUGGCCGACCUUGUUCCUAGAGAAGUUUGGUUUCAGCCGAACAAAAGCGGCGCUCCAGAGGCGAGCAGGUGUGCUAGGCGUCAACAAUGAAAUCCGAAACAAACUUCCUUGGAGUUCAGAAGAAACAAAGUUUCUAGAGACCCUCAUGGACUCUGAAAUCGACAAUGACGAAAUUCUCCAACGAUUCUGGAGAGAGUAUGGACAGGAACGGAGUCAAAGAUCAAUAAUUGGCAAGUUAGAACAUACCAAAAAUGUCCAGAAGAGAUCCACAAAACCCAGAUCACGGGUGAUUUGGUCUAAAGCUGAAGAAGACUUCGUCAGGGCCUGGUCUGGUACGCGAAAGGAUUUGACUUCCGAGCUCAAUGCAAAAUUUGGUAGCAACCGGAUCCGCAGAGCUGUAUCUGACAAAGUCCGGGCUCUGGGACGUGGAAACAAGAAUAAGACAAACGACAGAGCCGGCGAGGACACAAAGGAUAGUACGAUGGAGGAAUGUGUUGACGAGGAGGAAAGGACAGGGCUUUAUUGA